AGACACUCAGACAAAGUUGGUCGUUUCUCAGAGACGAAAUCAAGUAUUGUAACAAGAAAAUCACUCGAGUCAUUUGCAUCUUGCUCGGUGAACUCGUCCUUCUGGGUAAGGACUUUGUUCAUGGGCCAGAAGCGCAGCAGUCUUCUGAUGUGUCGAUGAUCAAUAACCAUGUCUGUUGAACAAAUCUCUCGAGUAGCGGCCUCCCAAAGCUAUCUGCAAGAUAGAAAUAAGUGUUGGGAGUUUAGAAGGCAAUGGUUGAAGUACAUCUCCAGUGGCAAGGUCAACAAGUUCACACUUGAGGUCAGCAGACGCCACAUGGUACCUUCUACUCAAUCGACUCCCUUUCCUACCUCCUUGCUUCACUUUCUCGCUGCCAACAAACCAAAUUACGGACAUAAGUAGAAGGACACUCUCCUUCAAACUUCCUUCACCUUUCUAGGAACAUCUUUCUUUUGAUUCUUGACGAAAUCUCCAUUUGAGUUAACUGUUUUCUCCUUGCCACUAGGGAGAACAAGAGUCAUAGGAUUUUUAGAAGGAUCAGUCGGUCAAAAAUAACAAUAUACAUUCUCAGGUUUUAGAUCAGCAUGUAUAACAGAAAGCUCUCUAUGCAAGUAGUUCAAACCAACCAACAUGUGAUAACAAAUCUCCUUAACCAUAUGAAUAGGCAAAACUCUAUGCAGUAUAAUGAUGAGCACUCUUUUGCACCUUUAAAGCCACAUCUCUGUAGCAUUAAGAGAAAGGCAACCAAAGCGUUUGGGACAUCGACAACCGUGUUACUCAUGGCUCGAUAACUUAGAUAAGUCUUUUAUAUUAUUUUAACUUUUUCAGUUAAAAAAAAAAAGGUUAAUCGCAGGUUUCCACCUGGCCAUGGAACCCCGCACAGUGACAAACUCGGCAGAAAAAUGAUUUUUACCUACAGACUGCAAGACACAAUUAUGGCACAGAUUCCUAAUUUUUUUGGUCCCCACAUAUUAUAAAAAUAAUUUGUUGCUAAAGAUUUUUUUUGUAAGGAUCAGGGUUACAGCUGCUCUUACAUGUGAUAAAGUAACUGACAACGGUUGUGGUUUCGUCUAACUAACAUAACAUUGGAUAAAACAGAAACCGAACCGUGUCCAUGUAAUGAUGCUAGCUUAGAGUGAGAGAGAGGUGCGCAUGAGAGGAUUGAGUGUCCCAGCUGGCGAGCCAGACGGAAAAGGCCCUAACCAGGCAUGGGAGCUUUAUCGGUGUGUGCAGACGAUGGAGCUUAGCUACUUCUUCAUCUACCUCAACAUGGGCGGAUCUACUGUGUCCAAGGAGGAGGCAGCUGCCCCCACAAACAACUACAGUUUAGUUUAUGUACAUGAUAGUUAUUAAAGAUUCUUCAGCUUAGGUGGUAAAAUACUUCAUUUUGCCCCCCCUUGGUCUUCUGUUCGAAUUUCCAUCUGCCUCUUUAAGUGGUUUUUAAUUAUAUUAUGACUUUCCUUUUCUGAUUUUAUUUCUUUCUCGUUUACCUGUCAUACCAUUUUUUUCCUCAUAUAGUCACGUUAUAUUUCCUUUAGUUAUUUUGUUUCCUUAACAAUUUAUUCUACUAUUUUUUAUUUCAUUUUUUUGUUUGGUUGUGAAUUCAUCUUAUAGUCCUUUUCAAAACAAUUAUUCUAAUUAGUUGCAUUAAAUUAAAUUAACUUUAAAUUUGUUUAAAUAUAGAUAUAUAUAAUAUAUAAAUAAAAAUAUUUAUACAAUAAUAUUAAAUAUAAAUAUAUUAAUUAAUUAAUUUAUUCACCCCCACUCACUUUUUUUCCUUGAAUGUGAGUUAAUAUCAUUUUUAUUGUUGUUCCUCUUUAUAUGCAUGUCUUAUACAGAGACAACUCUGUCUUAAAGCAUAGAAAGCUUGUGCUUUAGGCACUGCAUUCAUAAGAAUUUACGGGCACCAAAUUGACCAAAAUCAUUGGUAGUGUAGUGUAGUGGUUGUAUCUUUCUUCAAUGAAUUAACAGUCUUCAUAAUUACAUAUUUUGUUAUUUCCUUUUACUUAAAGCCUUUCUUUGAGUGAGCUCAAAGUGUGUCUCUGCUUUAGGCAACCCAUUAGACUAAAUUGACACCGGUGUUAUAUGUGGUUCCAGAACAUGAAACAUGUAGUAAGAAUGAUUACUGUUCACCACAUAUAAAAAAAUGUAUUCUAAAACUUGUAAUUUUCACGAGAACAAACUAGAAAAUAUUGAAGAUAAACAUGUAAUAAAAUAAUGAUUCUCCAGAUUUUUCUUUGACCGACUGAAAUGACCGUCUUUUGUUAUUUUAAUAUUUUCACCUUAUUAUAAAUAGAUGUAUUAUCCCUUUGUUGUAAGUUCAGUUUACGAUUGAAACAAUAAUCAAAAAGAUCAGUUCCUCUUUUCUUCUUACGUUAUCUAACAUCAAAGAACAUAUAUUAUAUUUAUAUCUUUUGUUUCUCACUUCAAUUUAAAUAAUACACAACACGUUAUCAGCACGAAGCUUUGACCAACUGAAGUCUAUCAAUACAAAAGUUCUUAAACCAGCCGAGGUAAUGUUUAAAUUUAUGUAUUUCAAUACACCUAAUUUAUUUAAAUUUUAUUAUUAUUUCGGAGUGAGAGGCUGGACCUUCUCCGUUCGGGAUGAUAGGUGCUGCCUUCCCCGACUGAUCGUUAUGAUAGACUAUGCCUUCACAAUCAGAAAAACACGUGGUAGGCUUUGCCUCCGUGAAUAAAAAAGUCAAAAAUGGUAGACUAAGUCUUCUCGGACCUUGAAAACAAAGAGUCAAAAUGGUAGAUCAUGUCUCUUCAGACUUUAAAAAAUGAUCAAUAUGGUAGUCUAUGACUCCUCGGAUCAUGUGGUAGGCUGAGCCUCCCGAUUUUAUUUAUGCUAUUUAAAUUCCUGCAAUUUAAAUUUUUGCAAUUUAAAUUUCUGCAAUUUAAGUUUAUGCUUUUAUUUUAUGCCUUUAAUUUUUGCAUUUAAAUUAUGCAUUUAAGUUCUCGUCUUUAUUAUAUUUAUAUAUUAUUCUAUGAAUACAGUUAUCAUGUCGAAUUUGACAAAGCUCGAAAUUAAUGCCCUGGAUAUUACGGGAAAUAAUUAUAUGACCUGGACAGUGGGUGCAAAGAUGCACCUGAGAGGAAACAGGCUUUUGGAAACCAUCGAUAGUUCAAAAACGGUGUCGGAAGAGAAAAAGGCAAAAGCCAUGAUAUUUUUACGACACCACAUCCGUAAUGGUUUAAAGGAUGAAUAUAUUACGAAAGAGGAUCCUUGUGACCUCUGGAAAUCUUUAAAAGAGAGGUUCGACACCAAAAAUAUGUGAUCUUACCGAAAGCUAAACACGAGUGGAUACAUCUCCGGUUCCAGGAUUACAAAAAUGUUAGUGAGUUUAAUUCCGCGAUGUUCGGAAUUACUUCGAGGAUGAUGUUAUGUGGAGAAAAAAUAAGUGAUUAUGAUAUGAUCGAGAAAACUCUCUCCACGUUCCAUCCUGAAAAUGUAAUCAUGCAGCAACAGUACCGGGUGAAUGGAUAUACCCGCUACUCGGAGUUGAUGAAAGUCCUCCUUGUAGCGGAGCAGAAUAAUCAAACUUGUGACUUUAAACCAUCAAGCUCGUCCUACUGGAUCUGCUCCAUUCCCUUAAGUGAAUGUUGCAUCAUCCAGUUAUGAUAAUAGAAGAGGACGAGGUCGUGGACGUGGUGGAAACCGUUAUCAUGGUCGUGGAAGAAGAUUUCGUCCCUAUGAUGAAAGAAAUAAUAAAGACUUCCACGAAAAUGAAAGGCAUGAAAAGGGCCAGGAUGAUAAAAGGCAAACGGGAAAGGUUGUUACAGAUGCGGCAUGAAAGGUCAUUGGGUACGUACCUGUCGUACACCAAAACAUUUAGCCGAUCUGUAUAGAGAAUCCCAAAAGGGAAAAGAGAAAGGAAGAGGUGAAACUAACUUCAUCUCUGAUAAACCUGGGCCAUCCUUUCAUGGUUUUAACAAUGAUACUCAUCUCGACGUAACAGACUUUCUGGUUGAGCUAGAGAGUAUCGAUGAGUGAUAUAAAUCGAUGUGAUAUAAGUAGACUGUAUUAUAGUAUCUAUAUCUUUUGUUGUAAGAUAUAUGUUAUGUUUGUUUGAUGCUUAAUAAUAUAUGUUUUAUGAAUAUUUUAUAUUCAGAAAAUGCCAAACUUUGAGACUAUGGAUGGAGAUUUGUGUUUGGCAGAUAGUGCGUCAACGCACACGAUAAUCAAAGAUAAGAAAUAUUUCUCCAGUCUCAAAAUAAAAAAUUACGCUGGAAGCAUAAGUACAAUAUCUGGUAAUGCAAAAAUUAUGAUGGGCUCGGGAAGAGCGAAAUUUUCAAUGCCAGGGGGGAUGAUAUUUGAAAUAAGUAAUGCAUUGUAUUCCCCCAAGUCUCAUAGAAACUUGUUAAGUUUUAAGGAUAUCCGAAGAAAUGGAUAUCAUAUUGAGACUAUGAGUAAAGAUGGCAUUGAAUUUCUUUGCAUUAAGUCCGAGAGGAAAAAUAUAUUGAAAGAGUUAAGAAUGUUAUCCUCUGGACUAUAUUGUACGAAAAAAACCAUGACUGAGUCCUAUGCCGUGGUAAACAUGAAGUUUACUGAUACAUUUAAAAUAUGACAUGAGAGGCUAGGACAUCCUGGUUCAGUCAUGAUGAGAAAGAUAGUGCAAAAUUCGAAUGGUCAUCCGUUAAAAAACGGAAAAAUUUUACAAACGGGCGAGUUUACAUGUAAUACAUGUUCUCAAGAAAAGCUUAUAACUCGGCCAUCACCAGCAAAAGUAGGCAAUGAAUCACCAAUGUUUUUAGAAAGAAUACAUGGUGAUAUAUGUGGGCCGAUCUACCCACCGGACGGGCCGUUUAAGUAUUUCAUGGUAUUGAUUGACGCAUCUUGUAGAUGGUCAAGUGUGUCUCUUUUGACGACACGAAAUACGGCUUUCGCAAAGUUCAUUGCCCAGAUAAUAAAGCCGAGAACGCAAUUUUCAGAGUAUGCCAUAAAGAAAGUAAGGCUUGAUAAUGCUGGUGAGUUUACAUCGCAAGCCUUUGAUGAUUAUUGUAUGUCAAUGGGGAUUGAUGUGGAGCAUCCAGUUCCCCAUGUGCAUACACAAAAUGGCAUGGCCGAGUCAUUGAUAAAACGGUUGCAGUUGAUUGCAAGACUGUUAGUCUUGAGAACAAAGCUCUCAAUUUCUAUAUGGGGUCAUGUUAUAUUGCAUGCAGCUGCACUGGUUCGGCUAAGUCCGAGUGCAUAUCAUAAGUAUUCUCCUUUACAAUUGGCAUCUGGGCAAGAGCCAGAUGUAUCCCAUCUCCGUGUCUUUGGGUGUGAAGUCUAUAUUCUGAUAGCUCCGCCACAAAGAACCAAAAUGGACCCACAAAAGAGAUUGAGAAUAUAUGUGGGUUAUACGUCACCAAGUAUAAUAAGAUAUCUGGAACCAGUAACUGGUGAUAUGUUUACGGCAUGAUUUGCCGAUUGCCAUUUUAAUGAAGAUAAAUUUCCAGCGUUAGGGGGAGGAAUUAGUAAAAUUCCUCAAGAGAUUACAUGGUGUACACCGUCGUUGUUACACCUUGAUCCUCCUACGAAUCAAAAAGAGCUGGAAGUUCAGAAAAUUGUGUAUUUGCAUAAUUUGGCAAACCAGUUACCAGAUGCGUUCACAGAUACGAGAAGGGUGACGAAGUCAUGUAUACCCGCUGAAAAUGUUCCAUCAAGAGUUGAUGUUCUUAAAGAAUAAAUUGAUGGAAAUAAAAUAAAUGAACUUAGGGUUCAGUUAAAGAGGGGGAGGCCAGCAGGUCCUAAAGAUAAAAAUCCCCGUAAAAAAAAAGAAAUUUGAUGAACAAAGUAAGGUUCUAGAAGAACCUGAUAUUGAAAGAUGUCUGAAAGAAGACAUAAAUGGAAAGGUUCUAAAAGAACCUGAUACUGAAAAAUGUCUGAAAGAAGGCAUAGAUAAAGAUGGUCCAGAUGACGAGAAAGAAACAGAAAAGUAUGAGAUUUCCAUCAACUACGCCCGAGAUGAAAAGAUAUGGAUCAGAAAUAAAAUAAAAGAUGUUGAUGGAAUGUUCUCCUUUUCUGUGUCCAAAGAGAUCGAUCAUGAAAAUGAUGAUCCCAAUCCAAGGUCCAUUAUAGAAUGUCAAAAAAGACAUGAUUGGGAGGAGUGGAAGAAGGUCAUUCAAAUUGAAUUACUCUCCCUGAAUAAAAGAAAUGUCUUUGGACCAAUAGUCAUAACACCUGAGAAUAUAAAUCCUGUUGGGUAUAAGUGGGUAUUCGUGAGAAAAGUAAAUGAGAAAAAUGAAGUAACACGAUAUAAAGCCCGAUUAGUUGCCCAAGGUUUUUCUCAGAGACCGGGAAUUGAUUUUGAGAAAACGUAUUCUCCGGUAAUGGAUGCAAUUACGUUUAGAUUUUUGAUGAGCCUAACGGCGUCUAAAAAUCUUGAAAUGCAUCUCAUGGACGUUGUGACUGCAUAUUUAUAUGGAUCGUUGGAUAACGAUAUAUAUAUGAAGCUCCCUGAGGGAUUGAAAAUGCCUGAAGCAUUGAAAGAAAAAUCCAGGGAGAUUUAUUCGGUCAAGUUACAGCGAUCACUAUACGGAUUAAAGCAAUCCGAACGCAUGUGGUACAAUCGCUUAAGUGAAUAUCUUUUGAGUAAAGGAUAUAUGAAUAAUGUGAUAUGUCCAUGCGUUUUUAUAAAGAAAUCGUAAUCUGGCUUUGUGAUCAUUGCUGUAUAUGUAGAUGACCUGAACAUAAUUAGAACUCAAAAGGAGGUUGAUGAUGCUCGAACUCAUAUGAAAGAAGAAUUCGAAAUGAAAGAUCUCGACAAGACAAAAUUUUGUCUUGGGCUCCAGAUAGAGCAUCUCCGAGAAGGAAUAUUUGUGCAUCAAUCAAACUAUACGAAAAGGUUAUUGAAACGCUUCGUAUGGACAAAGCGACUCCUUUGAGUACUCCAAUGAUUGGUAGAUCUCUCAAUGUUGAGAGUGAUCAUUUUAGGCCUUGCAAAGAUAGCGAGAAGAUAUUAGGUCCAGAAGUACCUUAUAUGAGUGCUAUCGGUGGGCUGUUGUAUCUUGCAAACUGUACCAGACCAGAUAUAGAUUUUGCUACUAAUCUACUGGCAAGAUAUAGUUAUGCUCCUACUCGCAGGCAUUGGGACGGAAUAAAUCACUUAUUCCGUUACCUUCAAGGUACAGUUGAUUUAGGGUUAAUGUAUUUAAGAAAACCCGAGUUUGGUAUGGUUGGUUUUGCAGAUGCAGGAUACUUAUCAGAUCCUCAUAAGGCUCGAUCGCAAACCGGCUAUGUUUUUACAAUUGGUGGAACUCGAUCUCUUGGCGGUCCCAGAAACAAACUCUGGUUGCGACAUCUUCAAAUCAUGCGGUAACUAUUACACUUCACGAAGCAUGUCGAGAAUGUGUGUGGCUUCGGUCAAUGAGUCACCACAUACAAGAAUCAAGUGGAAUGGUCAACGAGAAAGAGCCGACGAAAAUAUUUGAAGAUAAUUCGGCUUGUGUUGCUCAACUCAAGGAAGGCUAUAUCAAGAGCGACAGAACAAAGCACAUCCCUCCAAGAUUUUUCUCGUACAUAAGGGAGCUCGAGAAAAAUAAAGAAGUGGACAUCAAGUAUAUACGGUCAUGCGAAAAUCCGGCUGACUUGUUCACCAAAACUCUUCCGUCUACAACAUUUCGAAAACACGUCUAUGGUAUCGGAAUGCGGCAUUUGCGUGACCUGUAACAAGGAAGCUAGGUCCACUACUUUCAGGGGGAGAUUACGACAGUGUACUCUUUUUUCCUUGUCAUGAUUUUUAUCCCAAUAGUUUUUCCAUGACCAGGUUUUUAACGAGACACUACAUAAUAAAGAUGGAGAAUCAAGAAAGAGUGUUGAAGAUAAACAUGUAAUAAAAUAAUAAUUUUCCAGAUCUUUCUUUGACCGACUGAAAUGACCGUCUUUUGUUAUUUUAAUAUUUUCACCUUACUAUAAACAGGUAUAUUACUCUUUUGUUGUAAGUUCAGUUUACGAUUGAAACAAUAAUAAAAAAGAUCAGUUCCUCUUUUCUUUUUACGUCAUCCCACAUCAAAUAACAUAUAUUAUAUUUAUAUCUUUUGUUUCUCAUUUCCAUUUAAAUAAUACACAACAGAAAAUACAAAACUGCUAAUAUUUAGGUUGAUAAUUACAUCGUAUCUAUACAUAGAUGAUAUUAUUUAGAUUUAUAAACUAUGUUAACGAGUUUCUAGAAUUUAGUUUCAAUUUCAAUAUUUGACUUUUAAUAUAUAUAUUUUGAAUGUGAUUUCUUAAAUAAAAAAAUGGACUAAUAUAUUUUUUUUCUUUCAAAAUAAUAUAUUACUAACUCAUCAUAGAAAAGUCAAAACAAUAUUUUUUUUCCAUCAACUACGAAACCAAGAAAAGAAAGAAUUUAAAAAUGGACUACAAACUGAGAGAAACUUGCUUUGCCACAUCUACACACGACUUUGUCGCUUCAAAACUUAACUAAUCCAAGUUAAAAACAUAUAACUACAUUCAUGAGUAGUCCCUAAUACAUUUUUGUCACUUUUGAUUAGAGGACAACAAAAUGGACACUUCACACUGCCAUUACCGAGGCUACAUCGUGCUAGUAUUUUUGUUUUAUUCCUUUGUGUUUGGUUUAGCUUCUAAUAUAGAUAUUUCUGAUGAUGCAAAAGGCAGCAAAACUAACAGUACCCCAAGACGUUUUCUCUCUAAUUCCAUAUAUCAUGGCAAAGACAUGGGCAAGGAAUAUAUAAGGUGUGCAGAAUCUGAUCUCGAAAUUCCGCAGAUGGAUAUUUCUUGCGAAAAGACAUCUAAAGAUGUUGUUAGGAAUAUCAAUUUCGCUGAUUAUGGCAAUCCUUCUGGUAAGUGUGAACACUAUAGACACGGAAAUUGCGGCGCAUCAAAUACCUUGAGGAUCGUCAAAAAGAAUUGUCUUGGAAAACAUAAGUGUGUGCUUUUGGUUUCGGACGAGAUGUUUGGUACGAGUCACUGCAAUAAAGAUAUUCAACUCUUUGUUCAAGUCACCUGUACAAAACCUUAAGUUUCUUAUUUGCAUGGUUUUUUUCACUGUACUGAUCAGGUUCUUAUUGAUUAUUAAAGGAAUGUACGAAAAGAUUAAGUUAUUUAUUCUAUUUGUUAUUAUUUUUUAACAAAAUGUAAAUAUCACUUUGAAAUCAAAGUUGAGGUUUUAUAAACGUGAUUACACAGAAAAUAAGACAUAUAGUCUUGAUUCCAUAACAAAAGGUAAAAAACAUGGAAGCAAAAACAACCAGAACUUAAACCGUUCUAUUUGAUAUUUUGCACCGAGGAUUGAUGUUGAUGCCGAUCUUAACCACAUAGUCUUUGCGACUUUUAGAACUGCAUCUUUUGGUUGAAGGAGAAUGAAUAAGUGACAGAAAAAGUCAAAAGGUUGUGUAACAUCAUAGAAAAAGAAGUUGAGUAUUUACUUUAGCAAGAACGUCAAAAAUGUUUUUGACGUCUUUUAGAGCAUCUCCAAAAGAAACUCUAUGACUUCAAAUAUAGAGUUCUUGCUCUCAAAAAAGAAAAUUUAAAACUUCAAAUUUAUAGUUUUGAGGACUAUCACUACUAAAAACUUCAAAUUUAAAGUUUCAUCAUUUUAUUUACAUUUUGAUCUUUACAAUUAAUUACAAUUCACAUUUUUGAUUUUUAAGUAUUUUCUCGUUUAUCGGUUGAAGCUUUAAAAUUUUUAUAUCUCAUAAAUCUUUCAAUUUUUUUUUAUAAAUUUAAGUCUUACACAUAAAAUAAAAUUAGAUAACAAAAAUAUUACAAAAGAACCUUAAUAAAAAAUAUUUUUAAAAAGUACAUGAAGACAUAAUUAUUACACAAAAUUAAAUUUUAUAACAACACUAAUAGUUUGGUAAAUUUGAUCCAGAACUUCCAGAAUCUCCAAAAUAUUGUCCAAACAAAUUAUGUGUAACCGAAGAUACAGAAUUAGAGAAAUAAUUUUAUGGAAUAAUUUGGUAUUUUUCUUGUAAUGUAAUAUUUAAUUAUGUAUUUUUAUUUAUAAUUUUAUAUAUUUAGUGUAAGAUUUUAUUAAUUAACAUUGCUUUAAUAUUUUAUAUAUGUAUAGUAUAUUUAUAAAAUUUUAAUGGAUUUAAAUUAAUUAUGACAAAUAUAAAGAUCAUAGAGUAAAAUAUAAAUAAUUUUGAAAUUAGGUUUGAAGUUUUACUUUAGGAGAAAAAUACUUUUAAACUUCAAAUAUAGAGUUAUACAAACUCAAAAUAGAAUGACUUUUUGGAGAUGCUCUCACAUUAGCAGUCUUGUAUACAUCAGCACAAAUGAGGAAUCAACCAACCUGGUGUAUGGACUCACUAGUGCAAUUAUGAACAAAGAGGAUGAUUAUAUUUGCUACUUAUUUUCUGGGUUUUAGUGAUAUGGCAAAGCCGUGCCUAUGGUAUAAUGAAAAAGACAUUGGCCUUAGCCCCCCCCUCCUCACCCCACAAAAUUUAAAAUUGUAGGGGCCCCUAAGUAUAUUAAGUUUUAUUGAUUAGCAACUUAAACCUCAAAUCAUAGAGUGCCAAGAUAAGUUCACACUACAAAAAAGAUUUCCUUUACAGCUACGUAUAUCGUUGUGAAUUCUUCAUAAAUGGAGUGUUAAUUAAAAAUUUAUCAAAAUCAAUAUAAAUUGUCCGUCACAGCGGAUCAAUCGUCGUAAAAUCCCGUAAAAUGUUUCGUCGUAAAAUCGAGACACAAUGUUUUGUCGUGAAGUCAUCCUUAACCACGAGGAAACUGUUCCACGUAAAUGACUCAUAAUAUUUUGUUAUAAAGUUCACGUAAAAUUUUGAAGUUAAGUCGUUGUUCAAGAGGUGUAAACUUUACGACAAUUUUACUAGGUAGUCGAUGUUAAUUUCUCGUACAUGUUUACGAUGAAUUAACGUGAACUUCCUCCUAUACUCCUCCCAAACAUUUACGAGAAAUCAACAUCGAUGUACACGUAAAAUCGAUGUAAUAUUUACGAAAAAUUAACAUAGAGUGUACAACAAAUGUUUAAUUUUUGUUUUAAAAAGGUAAAAAAAAGUUAAAAUAAGUAAAAUUAUAAGUAAAUAAUAAAUUAAAAUAAAAUUUAGAAAUUAAUAUUAGAAAUUAAAAAUAUGUGACAAUUCCAUGUAAAUUAUGCGACUGAUUGUUCUCAAUUGGUGAAAAUGGUUUCAAAGUUAGAAGAAUGACCUCCUACCUUGAAGAAAUACGACAGAUCCAGGAAAGUUUCCAAACUUUUGAGAUUAGACAUAUACCUAGGAUUCAGAACACAAGGGCGGAUUAUCUUACAUGUGGUGCUCUCACUCAACCGUUUCACUUUGUGUUCAUAGACAAAAGUCUCAUGUUUGGUUAGAAGAGAGUCUUAAUCGAGUCCGUUUAUACUGAUGACAAAAAAAGAAGUGCAAAUUGAAAAAUCGCUAAUCUUGAUUGAAACAUUCCAAAUAUCCUCUUGAUCACAUUUCUCAAACUAGCAUAACGAAGAUUAAACAAUUUAGAUGCAGUGUUAGGAUCAUGCCUUUGGCCAAUAAUUCUUGUUGACAGUUCGAAAACGAUGAAAUGGAAAAAACUUAUUUGGUACGCAAAUUCAUAAUCGAUUAGGUAGAAUUUACCUGAAAUUUUAAAUGAUAAACAAUGCUUCAACAUGUUCUUAUAAAUAAAUUGUAAAAAUUUUACCUUCUGGUACUUGAAAAUUGUUUAUUCUUCUAGUUAAAGCAUUGUAUAAUACUCUUGAAUCAUGCGCUUUAACCUUCCCAUCUACUAAGAACAUAUGUAACCCCAUAAUCAAAGCUACAUAUAAUUAACACAUUUUAUAGUAUUUCUCUUUUUCGACUACAAUAACUUGCAUGUCCAACUAUUUCUGCAAGUAUAUCCCCCCACCCGACAUAAUUCUGAAAUAAAUUAAAAAGAAAUGUUAAUCAGAUAUGUGACAACGUAGAGAGGCAUGGGUUACAACUCUAUAUGUGAACACUAGGGUCGGCCCGCCCUACGGGCAGAAUAUAUUUUUCUUAUGAUUUAAGUUACUAUUUUUAUAAGAUUUUGUAAUUUGUGUUUUAGGUUUGUAUUUGCAAGAGAUGUAUAUAUAAUGAUUUUUGUUUUUAAAAAAAUUUUAGAUGAAAAAAAAUUAUAUGUGGUAAAAUAUAUUUUGCUUGUUUACAAUAAUUGUUUCUAUAUUAAAAAAUUAUGGCAUUAAUAUAUUGUGAGGGUUUCAAAUGGUCGAUUUCAUAUUCGAUGUCAAAAUGGUUUAUUUUUUUCCUAAUAUUAAUUCUUGUAUAGAUUAAGUAAAUAUUUUCUUAUUUAAUCUCAUACACUUUAGAGUCAUCAAUUUAAAUUGAACGGUUUUGGGAUAUUUUAAAUUCUCUGUGUUACAACUGAAAUAAAAAACAAAGAAAAACACACUGGUUAAAUAUUUAAUUGGUUUAAAGAGAAUCCUGGACAAAUAUCCUUCGUAAAAAUAUUUUAAUUGUAUGUUUUCUAUCCCCUUUUACAAAAAAAAAGUUCUCUUUUUAACUUUCUGUAUCGUUACCUCUGUAUACUUUAUAACAUUUAAUUUCUGCAAUUACUUCUUUAAAUACUUAACAUGCAGAUUUUAAUACUUUACAUUUCCAUUUCAAUUUUUUGUUUUAAAAAUAUAUACUACAGUUAAUAUUUCUACACAGCUACAUCAUUCACAAUUUACAUAUUGUAAAAUAUGUAUAUAACUCUGACAAAACAAUUUUCCUAUACUUAUUUAACUUCAUCCACUGCCGCAUUGAUCACAUAAAACCCUCAGAGUUACAAAUCUGAAUUGAUCAUGGGUCUUAAGAUGGAGAGCAAAGAAAACCUGCAAAUAUCACAGAAAGUUGUUAUGCUGCAGAGAACCACGUAAACCUGCGUACCUUAGUAAUAAAUAAAUAAAUAAAUAUAUAUAUAUAUAUAUAUAUAUAUAUAUAUAUAUAUGUUGAGAUGGCAUUAAUUUGUUUAUACACUAACGGUUCAACCAUCAUGUUAUGUUUAGCAGCUUUCACAACGUGUGUGGUCAGCUUGGCAUGGCUAGCUAGAUUUGACUUAGUUCCCAACAAUCUUUUGGCGAAGUUAUAUAAGCAAUGGCAACUUUCUUGACUUGUAGCAAACACCCACUGCACUAAGCAGUGCAAGCCUAACUGAGAUGGAUGGUUGAAUGUUGCAGUGAGUAAACUAAAAAAUCAACAUAAAAUUGUUGUGGUUUUACCUUAUGCAUCUGAAAGAGAAAUUCAUGUGGACUCUUUAAAAAUCAACCAUUAAGGUUUCUAAGCGAAGCUAAAGAGCAUUAUUGGGAUCAAUGUGCUUGUUUAGUUUGCUGAAUCAGAUGGACUAAAACAUCAACUGCAAGAAAUACAGUAACACAUUCAUCAAGCUACAAUAAUUAACUAAUCAUUAGUCCAAAAAUACUU